UAUUCAAGGGAAGUUAUUCAGGUUGACCCACACCUCCUUGACAGCUGUCUGCAUCUUGGACUUUUCCGCGUGACCAGCAUUUUAUACACAUACAAUGUCAAGCAGUUCAGGGGAUGCAGCCCCCUUACACAUGGUGACCCCAUGCAUUCGAAGCUUCCCUAUCAGUGCCCACACUGGAUAUGAUGUGUACUUGAAACUUGAAAACCUCCAGAUACCAGGCUCUUUUAAAAUAAGGGGCAUUGGAAAUCUACUUCGAAAUGCUGCUGUUCAUGGAUGUAAGAAGAUUGUGUGUCCGUCUGGCGGUAAUGCUGGACUAGCAGCAGCAUACGCCGCCAAGAUGAUUGGACUGCCAGCUGUUAUUGUUCUCCCACAGAGCACACCAGCAUUUGUAGCAGAUAAACUCAGGACUGAGUUUGGAGCUGAAGUGGAAAUAAAAGGGAAGAUUUGGGAUGAAAGUAACACGUAUGCCAAGGAAUUGGCCAAACAACCAGAUGUGUUGUAUGUUCAUCCUUAUGAUCAUCCUGACAUCUGGGAGGGGCACAAGAGUAUGAUAAUAGAGGCCUCUCAACAGAUGCCAUGUCAGCCAGAUGUGGUCAUAGCCUCAGUAGGCGGAGGGGGGCUGUUAAAUGGAAUCCUUCGAGGGAUGCAGGAAGUCGGGUGGAGUGAUGUCCCUUGUCUUGCCAUGGAGACAGUUGGAGCGGAUUGUUUGAACGCGGCCAUCAAGGCUGGAAAGCCUGUUACACUGCCAGACAUAACAAGUGUAGCAAAGAGCCUGGGAGCGUUGACAGUGGCAGAUGAUACCUUUAAUAUGGUAAAGCAGUGGAAAAACUUUCACUCAGUCGUUAUACAGGAUGCUCAGGCAGUGGACGCAUGUUUCAAAUUAGCAGAUGACCACCGUUUCCUAGUAGAGCCAGCAUGUGGUGCGAGUCUGCAUGCUGUUUAUGGCGACGUUAUCUCCAACUUACAGAAGGAAGGCAAGCUGGGACCAGUCAAGUCAGCCCUCGUUAUCGUCUGUGGGGGAAGCUCAGCUACGAUAAAACAAAUGGAAACAUGGAAGAACAUUGUCAACCUCUGAUGAUCAAGUGUCUAGAAAUUUGCUAAUUUCUCAGUUUCUGAGGCAGGGUUAAUGCUGUGAUAUCAUCAUUCAUGUAUAUAGAUAUAAGUGUUUUAAACUUUAUCAUUUUAAACAUUGUUUUUGAAUUGUUAAAUCAUGCAAUAUUCUAUUAUUAAGAAUUGUCCACACACACACACACACACACACACCCCCCCUCCAUCACUUUGACAAUACAUUUGUAAUCUUGAUUUUAAGACAUUGCAAGACAGUCAGAUGUUUUCAUUUCUGUUUGUCAACACAGUUUGUGUUAUUCUUUAUGAAAUGUGGUCAUUUAUAAACAGGUAUACAUUUACAAUAUAUUGAGGGAAAUAAUUUAAUCUAUUACAAAGACCUGUAAUUUUGGUGUGGAAUAAAUAACAAUACAGUAUUA